AUGGCCCAAGCAAAAGACCACUGGUCCGCCGAGGCCUACUCCACCUCCGCCUCCUUCGUCCCGAAACUAGCCCAGACGCUACUCCAGUACCUGGAUCCCCAGCCCACGGACAAAGUGCUGGACGUCGGCUGCGGCGAUGGCAAGUAUACGGAGGCGUUUCUGCCCGCCGUGCAGUCUGUGCUGGGCAUCGAUGCGUCGCCGGCGAUGAUUGACGCCGCGACUAAAGACUACGGCAGUGCGAAGGCGGAGUUCCGCGUUGUGGAUUGCUGCUAUUUAAAGAAUGAGAGUGAGAUUGUGAACGGGAGUUGGGAUAAAGUGAUCUCUAACGCCGCGUUGCAUUGGAUUCUGCGCAACGAGUCGACGCGUUUGGAUACCCUCAAGGCGAUAUAUGAUAGUUUGAAGCCCGGGGGAACGUAUGUGUUUGAGAUGGGUGGGCAUGGGAAUAUUGCGGAGGUGCAGACGGCGAUGAUAUUCGCGCUUGUGCAGCAGGGAAUCUCGGUCGAGAAGGCAAGAGAGACGAGUCCGUGGUUUUUCCCGUCCGUGGCCUGGAUGACGAGUGCGUUGGAGGGGAUUGGGUUCAAAGUUGAGAAGAUGGAGACGGAGUAUCGGCCCACGAAGCUGACUGAUGCGGUGAAUGGUGGGUUGGCGGGAUGGGUGAGGCUGAUGGGUGCGCCGUUCUUGGAUGCUCUUCCGGACGAAAAGCGCGAGGGCGUUGUGCAGCAGGUCUGUGGCGUUCUGCAGACGGCGGUGACGCGUCAUGAGGAUGGUAGCCAGUGGCUGGGAUAUGUGCGGCUGAGGGGUAUCGCUAAGAAGCUAUAA